UUAGAUUAACACAAUGAGUGGCACAUGGACUCCAAUAAAAUGUUCUAUACUUUUGAAAUAACAAAUCUCCUGCAGCUCUAUAAUUUGCAGCAUUAUCUGUAAUAAACUGUACAAUGUUUGCAGGCCCAACUUCUUGUACGACAUUAUCAAAAACAUUGAACAAAAUCUCAGCAGUUUUAAGAACAUCUGACAAGUUAAGAGAUUUCAAGAACAUUGUACUUUUAGGGCAAUAAACAAGAAAAUUUACAAGUGUUCUUGACCUUGUAUCAGUCCAUCCAUCUGACAUAAUGGAACAACCUGUUUCCUUCCAACAUAAUUUCAACUCAUCGCAAUGUUCAAACACUUCUUUGACUGUAUCCUGGAGACACAUCUUUGGAUGUCCAUGCUAAAUGGUGUUUCAUUCUAUUAAUCACUCCCAAAAAUGUAUUCCGACAAAAGCUACAUUUGAGUUUCAAGCGGUUAUUCUCCUUCACCCUUUCGCACCAUUGCCAUGUAGGAUCCAUAUCUUCAAAAGAAAAAAAAAACGAAAUCCUAUGGUAAACUUAAUGAAAAACAUUCAAAAUCUUUUAAUCUACGGUUGUACGGUAAAAAAAUAUGAAUAUAUGGUAAAAACAAGAGAUUUCAUACCUUAUGAAGAAGAAAUGAAGAAAACCCCUUUCCUCCCAACGAAAAUCAACCACCCACGCACAAAUUGACCCCUUAAUCUUCUAUUUCACAGUGAAAAUGGACAAUCUCCUUCCUUGACACCAGUAUCCGAGCGUGAGAAAUGAAGAACGAAGGAUUUUCUUAAAAAAGAAGUCGAAUAAGUAGGUCUCGGACCCCUUUUUGCGAAAUCAGCCCGUAUCGUAUGAUACGGGCCCUGCGUGCGAUACAGGAAUGAUACACCCCCUAUUACGAUACGAGGGGUGUAUCGUACCAUAAUUUUAAAACGGUGCAGUACGUAUCGUACGAUACAGGCUCGUAUCGUACAAUACGUGCAACACUGGAUUUAGCACCAGAAUCGUACCUGAUCUAGCAAUUUCAAUACCAAGAAAAUAUCUUAGUUUGCCAAGGUCUUUGAGAUCAAAUUCAACAACCGGUAAAACCUUUAAUCUUGUUAUCUCAUCUUCAUCAUCACUUGUAACCAAUGUUAUAAAAGGCAUAGCGUAUUGUGUAUCGUUUGGGUCGACCUAUACACCGUAUCGUAACGUAUCGUAAAUGUAGCGUAAUGUAUCGUAAAUUAGUUUUUUAAUUCAUAAAAAUAUUUAAAAAUAAAAAAAAUAGAAAAAAAUUGAUAAAUUAGGAAAAGCAAAAAAUCUGUUAAAAAAGUCAUGUUUUAUAUAUAUUUAAAAAAACUCAUCACAUCAUUCAUAAGCCAUAAUAUAUUAACCAGUGUUGUACGUAUCGUAUGAUAAGACCCCGUAUCGUACGAUACGUACCCUGUAUCGUACGAUACGUACCUCCUAUAGUACAAUACGUACCGUAUCGUUUUAAAAAAAGGUACGAUUCACCCCCCGUAUCGUAAAUAGGGGGUGUAUCGUUCCUGUAUCGCAUGUAUUGUGCGAUACAGGGCCCGUAUCGUACGAUACGGGGGUGAUACACCCUGUAUCGUACGAUACAGACUGAUUUCGAAAAAGGGAGCCCGAGACCUACUUAUUCGGCUUCUUUAUGAAAAGAAGCAUCUGUUCUUCAUUUCUCAAGCUCGGAUACUGCCGUCUGGGAGGGCGAUUGUCCAUUUUCACCAUCAAAAAGUUGAUUUUCACCGUGAAAUCGAAGAUUAAGGGGUCAAUUUGUGCGUGGGUGGUUGAUUUUCGUUGAGCGGAAAGAGGUUUUCUUCAUUUCUUCUUCGUAAGGUAUGAAAUCUCAUGUUUUUACCCUGUAUUCAUAAUUUAUUACCGUAUAAUCAUAGAUUGAAAGAUUUUGAGUGUUUUUCAUUAAGUUUACCAUAGGAUUUCGUUUUUUUUUUUUGAAGAUAUGGAUCCCACAUGGCAAUGGUGCGAAAGGGUGAAGGAGAAUAACCGCUUGAAACUCAAAUGUAGCUUCUGUGAGAAUAUAUUUUCAGGAGGGAUUAGUAGAAUGAAACACCAUUUGGCAAGGACCUCCAAAGAUGCGUCUCUUUGUGUUGGAGGACCAAACAAACAUUUGCCUCCAUAUGUGCGUCAGUAAUGUUUAGAUAUGCUUCAUGCUUUACAUCAAAAGAGGAUACAAAAAGAAAUUGAAGAGGCAGAUGUAGGCUAUAAUGAGCCUUUGGAAGAUGAAGAAGAAGAGGAAGAAGCUUAUGAAUGUGAUGAUGAAGAUGAUAGCAUUCUACGAACAUAUUUGGAGACCUCAAGAGGUAAAAAUUGUAGAGGAAAAUGGAUUAUGUAUGAAGGAGGUCGAUCUGGCGUAACAGGAAGGAAGAGAUGUGGCACAACAGAUAGGGCCAGGCGUGGUAUGCGACCACCUAGUGGUGGAGUUCCUACUGGCAGGUCUAGCGUUGGCUCUAUUAAGAGUUUUUUCCCAUCAUAUACUAGCCCAGGUGGUCAGUCGCAAAUUCGUGCUGUCAUGACAUCUAAAGAUAUGCUAUAUCAAGCACAAAAGAUGGUAGGGAAAUGGUUUUAUGAUGCAUGUAUUCCAUUUAAUGCAGCUAAUUCUUUUCAAUUCCAAGCCAUGGCAGAUGCGAUUGUUUCUAUAGGGCCCGAAUGCAAAAUGCCAUCAUAACAUCAGUUGACGGAUAAAAUUCUUCAAGGUACAGUGAAAGAAGUGCCUGAACAUUGCGAUGAAUUGAAAUUAUCUUGGAAGGAAACAAGUUGCUCCAUUAUGUCAGAUGGAUGGACUGAUACAUGGUCAAGAACACUUGUAAAUUUUCUUGUUUAUUGUCCUAAAGGUACAAUGCUAUUGAAAUCUCUUGACUUGUCUGAUGUUCCUAAGACUGCUGAGAUUUUGUUCAACGUUUUUGAUAAUGUCGUACAAGAUGUUGGACCUGCAAACAUUGUACAAUUUAUUACGGUUAAUGCUGCAAAUUCUAGAGCUGCAGGAGAUUUGUUAUUUCAAAAGUAUAUAUGGAGUCCAUGUGCCACUCAUUGUAUUAAUCUUAUGUUUCAAGAUCUUAAUGAGAUGCAUGAUAUGAAAUCAGCCAUUGACCAAUGUCAAGAGGUAACAAAAUUUAUUUAUAAUCGUGCAUAUGUAUUGAGUUUGAUGAGAAAUUUUACCAAAGGAGUUGAAUUUAUACGACCUGCACAAACCAGAUUUGCCACAAAUGUAUUGACUGUGCAGAGUGUGGCGAAACAAAGAACUCCUUUGAGGCAGAUGUUCGCUAGUGAAGAAUGAGUUGUAUAUCCACAUGCUCAUAAAAGAAAUGCUUCUUUAGUUGUGGAUAUCAUAUUUAAUAAUGAAUUUUGGGAAUCAUGUGUGAAGCUAUUGAAAGUUUGUGUUCCAUUAGUGAAAGUCCUCAGGUUAGCUGACAGCGAGGAUAGGCCUUCCAUAGGGUACUUACAUGAGGCCAUGGAUAAAGCAAAAGAAGGAAUUUGAGACAACUUAAAAGGAAAGAAAAAGUUAUAUAUGCUCAUAUGGAAGAUGAUAGAUAAAAGGUGGACUGGACAACUUCAUCAACCUCUUCAUGCAGCAGCUUACUAUCUAAAUCCUGGAAUUAGAUUUUCUCCUACAUUUAAGGACAGAGAAGUCUUAAGUGGUUUGUUGAAUUGUAUUAACGUGUUAGUGGCAGAUUAUAGAGAACAAGAUGCCGUCAACAAGGAGUUAGAUAUAUACGAUACAUGUUAUCGGGGCAUGGGACAACAUGUCGCUGUUCGAGGCAGGACAACCAUGCGUCCAGAUUUGUGGUGGAAUAGGUAUGAGUUUGAUUGUCCAAACCUAGCACGUUUUGCAAUCCAAGUCUUCAGCCAGACAUGCAGUGCUCGUAGAUGCGAAAGAAACUGGAGUGUGUUCCAACAUAUCCAUAGCGAAAAAAGUAAUAGGCUUGAACAUAAAAGGUUGAAUGACCUUGUCUUUGUUCGAUAUAAUAUGAGGUUGAAACAAAGAGAAUUACAAAAAACAUCAGCAAGGAAGCACACAUCUCAGUUCGAUCCUAUCAGCUUGGAAAACUUUGACGAUCUGGAGCCUUGGAUUGAAGAACCGGCUACAAUAUUUGAUGCUGAAGAUCUUGAAUGCUUCAACCUUGAAGCUGAAACAACAGAAGGCUUUGUUGAUGAAGGAGAGUCUGCUAGUGCCACUGCUGUUGUUGAAUAUGUUGGUGAGGAUCUUCCAAUUUUUGACGAUGAAGAUGAAGAUGAAGAUGAUGAAGAUUAUGAAUGAUGAAUCAUUAUAUGUAUCAAACCACUUAAGAGUUAUGAAUCUAUGGUUGUUGAACACUUGAAUGUUUUAUCACUUUAUGACUUAUGCUUUGCUGAUUGAAAUUGAAUGAUAUUGUUAUGAAUUUUGAUGUCCAUGAAGUAUGAAGGAUGAAUGAUGA